AGACCCACACAUUUAUUAGUACGAAUUGUUUUCAUUUAUCUGUUCUGUUGAACCAAUAUAAAAGAAGCCUACCUUUUACAUGUCUUUUUGGUUUAAAUCAUUUUCUCAAAACUCUUUCAAUCACCAUUACGAUGCCACGAUCGUGUUUGCGUUUACGUUUUCUCUCUUUACUCUUGUUCACUUCAAGCUUCUUGACGAUGAUCCAUGCUCUUACUUGUCGUCCCGACCAGAUCCAAGCUCUAAUGAAAUUCAAGAACGAGUUUGAAUCCCCCGGUUGCGACCGCAGUGACUAUCUAAACGGAGUGCAGUGCGAUAACGCCACUGGUGCGGUCACGAAGCUACAGCUACCAAGUGGUUGCUUCACUGGGAUUCUUAAACACAACAGUAGCCUCUUUGAGUUGCGUCACCUUCGUUACCUUAAUCUCUCUCACAGUAACUUCACAUCCUCUUCACUCCCUUCUGAGUUCAGCAAUCUCAACAGAUUAGAGGUUCUAUCUCUUGCCUCUAGUAGCUUCACUGGUCAAGUCCCUUCCUCAUUUAGUAAGUUAAUAUCUCUUACCCAUCUAAACCUUUCACACAACGGGCUCACUGGUAGCUUCCCACUUGUGAGAACUCUCACCAACCUCUCGGUUUUAGACCUUUCUGAUAAUCAAUUCUCAGGAGCCAUACCUUCUGAUUUACUUCUCACUUUGCCCUUCUUGUCUCAUCUUAGUUUGAGAAAGAAUCAUCUCAAUGGUUAUAUAGAAGUUCCCAACUCUUCUUCUCCUUCAUCUAGGCUAGUGUACUUGUCCCUUGGGGAAAACCAAUUUGAAGGAAAUAUCCUAAAGCCUAUCUCCAAUCUCAUCAACCUAGAGUACCUCGAGCUUUCUUCCCUAAACAUCAGCUAUCCAAUUGACUUAAACAUCUUCUCCUCUCUCAAAGCUUUGUUGAUCCUUCAUAUUUCUAAAAAUAGGUUGUUACCUUUAACUUCAGAUUCCGACAUCCCAUUGAGUUUAGAGAGUUUGGCUUUGUCAGGAUGUGGCAUUAUUGAGUUCCCAAACAUGUUAAAAACCCUCAAAAACUUGCAUCAUAUAGACAUCUCCAACAAUAGAAUCAAAGGGAAAGUGCCUGAGUGGCUCUGGAAGUUUCCUCGUCUCAGCAUAGUGAAUCUUGUUAACAACUCUUUCACCGGGUUAGAAGGUUCUUCAGAAGUUUUACUAAACUCAUCAGUGCAGUUACUAGAUAUUGCAUAUAACUCCAUUACAGGAGACUUUCCUACUCCACCACUUAAUAUCAUCUACCUCUCAGCAUGGAACAAUAGUUUCACAGGGAACAUACCACUUCAAGUUUGCGAAAGAAGCUCUCUCAGAGUUCUUGAUCUAUCCUACAACAACUUCACCGGUCCAAUACCUCAAUGUUUGAGUAACUUAAAGAUAGUGAAUCUAAGGAAAAACAACUUGGAAGGAAGCAUACCUGAUGAGUUCUAUACCGGCUCUUUGACACAAACACUUGACGUUGGCUUCAAUAGAUUAACAGGGAAGCUUCCAAGAUCGCUUUUGAACUGCUCCUUUCUGAAGUUUCUGAGUGUUGACAACAAUAGUAUCGAAGACAAGUUUCCUUUCUGGCUUAAAGCUUUACCAAAUUUGAAAGUCUUCACUCUCCGCUCAAACAGAUUCUUUGGCCAGCUCUCUCCUCCCAAUCAAGGUCCUCUUGCAUUUCCCGAGCUGCGUAUACUUGAACUAUCUGAUAACAGCUUCACCGGAAGCUUACCAUCAAGUUUCUUUGUUAACUGGAAAGCAUCAUCACUCAAGAGGAAUGAAGAUGGGAGAAUCUAUAUGGGAGACUACAAGAAUGCUUAUUAUAGCUAUGUGGAUACUUUGGAUUUGCAAUACAAAGGUCUAUUCAUGGAGCAGGGGAAUGUUCUUACUUCUUACAGCACCAUUGAUUUCUCCGGAAACAAACUUGAAGGACAGAUUCCUGAAUCCAUUGGUCUUUUGAAGGCGUUGAUUGCGCUCAACUUAUCGAACAACGCCUUCACGGGUCAUAUUCCUCUGUCUUUGGCAAAUGUUUCGGAGCUCGAGUCACUGGACCUUUCAAGAAAUCAGUUAUCAGGGAGUAUUCCUAGAGAACUCGGGAGCCUAUCGUUCUUGGCGUACGUAAGUGUGGCUCAUAACCAGCUUAAAGGUGAAAUACCACAAGGACCACAGAUCAGUGGGCAAGCUGAAUCAUCAUUUGAAGGGAAUGAUGGUUUGUGUGGUCUUCCUCUACAAGGAAGUUGCUUUGAGCCACCAACAAAACAGCCUAAGGAGGAAGAAGAAGAGGAAGGAGUGUUGAACUGGAAAGCAGUGGUUAUAGCGUAUGGUCCUGGAUUGUUGUUUGGAUUGUUAAUAGGUCAUGUUAUUGCCUCAUACAAGCCAAAGUGGUAUGUUGAGAUCGUUGGUCCGGAUAAGCACAAGAAAGUAGAUUCAGUUAGCUUGUGUAUGUCUCUGGAUUCAAGAUGUGACAGUUUUAGCAAUAAGAAUAGUGUAGAAAGUAAUAUGUAAAUAUAUAGUAUGUUGGUGAUUUUGUUAGGGAUGUAAAAAAGAGGUCUUACUAGUUUUUGUAACCUCUCGGUCCGCUGAUGAUGUUCUGUAAAGGUCUGUUAUAUACUGUUUGUAUGGUUUUUAAAAUAACUUGAGCUAAGUUCUUACAGAAGGCGUCCUAUUUUA